AUGUAUCUCAAAGAAGAGAUCAAUGAAACUGUUGAGUUAAUUGUUAAAGUAUUUUACCCUGCCAAAGCAAAGAGAGAUCAUAAUAAGUACGUGGUAAAAAAGCAAGACAUCUUUGAAAAUUGUCGAAAGGCAUAUUUAUGUGAGAAGCGUGCAUACGAAAGGUUUAUACCUAAUUCAGGUUUAACAACGUUUAUAUUGCACAAGAAUCUGAAUAUGGGAGAUUCUUUAUAG